AUGGAAAGGAUUGAAGAUAAGCAAAAGAGGCACGUCACCUUCUCCAAGAGGAGGAAUGAUCUCUUCAAAAAGGCGGAAGAGAUCUGCUCUCUUACACGUGCCGCCAUUGCCAUCAUCUACUUCGGUGAAGCAGGAAACCCAUUCACUUUCUGCCAUCCUACUUCUACGGAUAGCCACCAGCAAUUCUUGCGGCAGUACUAUGGGAGUUCCAGUGGCUGCACCAUCACUGCUGCUCCUUCCCAAUCAGCACCCGUGCCACCAUUGCCAUCAUCUGCUUCAGUGAAGCACGAAACCCCUUCACUUUCUGCCAUCCUCCUUCAGCAGAUAGCCACCAACAAUUCCUGCAGCAGUACUAUGGGAGUUCCAGUGGCUGCACUAUCACUGCUGCUCCUUCCCAAUCAGCACCCGUGGGUGAAGCCAAAUCGAUUGGAGAAAUUGUGCCCGUCUCAAGUUGGGAGGAUGAAAUCAGCAAGAAAUGAGGUUGCAACCUGA